CGUCCAGCGGUUUAAGCUGAAGCCCAGCCCAGUUAAUUGAAGGAGAAGGAUUGGUUAAGAGUGUUUCUAGUUGCAGUGAUAAUCAACACACAUCAGGAAGAUAGAUAAUGAGGGUGGGUGGUGGAGUUGGUUUCGGAUGUCCACGCGCCGUCGCAUUUCCUGGCAUUUUGUUUGGCCGUUGUAGACCAGCAGCAUUCCGAUGCUAUUCUUCUUCCUCUCCAGACCAUGUUUCGUUUAUCAAAGAUGUGGCUGCAACUCAACCACCGGAGCAUUUGAAUGAACUUCUCAAAAUACUUCAGGUGAGAGGUGAGGAAAUAAUUUCACCUGGUGCCAAGCAAGGUCUGAUUCCUCUAGCGAUUCCUCUUUCCAGAAAGAGUUCAGAUUCUGUAACUGCACUGUUACGAUGGCCAACUGCCCCAUCUGGGAUGGAGAUGCCAUUGGUAGAAGUGCGCAAGUAUGGUGUGUGGCUAUUAGCUAAGAAUGUAGAUCAGUACAUUCACAGGGUUUUGGUGGAAGAAGAUGCAGACGGUCAUCAAGAAAGAGCGGAUGAAUUGUUCCAGAUUUCAGCUGGUGCUGGAAAGAAACUUUAUGAGAAGGGUGACUUUAAAGCAUCAAACAUUUCAAGCUUAGAUACUUAUAUAUUGAAGAAGGUCGGCUUGUUUCCAGACGUACUGGAGCGCAGAAUUAAGCAACAUUUUGACAAUGGAGACAAUAUUUCAGCUUUGGUGACGGGAGAAUUUUAUACAAAGAAGGAGCAUUUUCCAGGAUUCGCGCGGCCUUUUGUCUUUAAUGCUGAAGUUCUGCUGAAGGUUGGGCGUAAUGUAGAAGCUAAAGAUGCUGCUAGGGGGGCUUUAAAAUCACCAUGGUGGACUCUGGGUUGCGAGUACCAUGAAGUUGCUAAUAUGGCUGAAUGGGAAGAUGAACAAAUCGAGUACAUCAAAGAGAAAGUAACUGAGGAGGGUAGGCAAGCCGAUUUGAAGAAAGGGAAGCAACCUGCUCAGGUUGCACUGGAUGAAGCUGCUUUCUUGUUGGAUCUAGCUUCCGUCGACGGUACAUGGGAUGACUGUGUGGAAAGAAUUGCUGAAUGCUACAAGGAGGCAGGGCUGCAGGAAGUUGCAAACUUUGUGGUUUACAGAGACUGAAUUACCAGCAACUUUGCCGCAUAUUAGAUGCGUUACACGAAACUCCCUAUGAUUCCUAGUUAUUGGCCUACCCAGUUUUGGCUCUAGCAGAGUGUAUUCUAAUUCUUUCCAGUAUAAGAACAAGAAGAGACUUUACAGCAGUCUUUUUAAAUACGCACACUCAUUGUGGUCUCUUCGCCCACACUGGGGUCAAUUGUAAAAGACAACAACAUACCCAUUGUAUUCCCACAGGUGGGGUUUGGGGUCAAUUGAAAAAGACCAAAAAUGAAAAACUAUACGGACAAUAAAUAGCUUGCGUUGAAGUUGAAGCAGA